UUUUUUAUUUUGAAAAUCUGGUCACCCUAUAGUAACCCCGACAACAGGAGAACAAAUUGAACAUGGCAAAAGUACUAAGGCUGAAAAACGCGUGUCUUAUUUGGCACCCCGGAGCAGUGUAGAUACGUACAGCUAAACGUUGUACACAUCAAACAUGGCCGCUGCUGCCGAGAUGCGGACGUGGAGAUGUCCUGCCACACGGGUUUUGUCUCCAUACCUUAUUUUAUCACUGCUUUUACUUGGCACAUUAGAGACAUCAUGUGCCGCACCAGAGCCCGGCCUUUGGAAAAUAACUGUAGUAAAUUCAUCCAAGCCACUCCUGAUCAGAAAAUCCAUGUACAGGAAUACAGACAUACAAUUGAAAGUUGUAUCGUUUGAUUGUCCUGAGAACGUGGAUUUGACUUUUCACUGGCUUUUAAAGUUCUACUCCUGUCACAAUGAAUUCAAUAAUAUUGAUGAAAUGUAUGAGAGAACACCACUAAGUCGUGGCAAAGGCCUGGAUCCAAACCCUACGGACAACGGAGAAGUCAUUGAACACAGACACAAGGCCAUAACAUGUAACAGCAAACUGCACUCUUUCCCAAUGCUCAAUAAAGCAAAGGCAAAUCCACGUCCUGCCAGCCCUCUCCUUGACCCUAACAAGCCGGAUUCUAACUAUACCAGAUUGGUUAUUGAUGAGUAUGAGCAUAAAACUGACAAAAACAGCAAUGUUAGCAUUAAAGAGAAUGUGAUUGCCACCACAUGGAGAGAUGGACCAUAUCUGCUUGUUGUGGAGAUCCUGUCUGACAAGCCAGACACCCAAUGGAAUGUAACAAUCGAUUUGGUGAUGCGAGGUGAACAUGGGUACAUAUCCAUCACAGAGUGGCCUUUGAUGAUUUUUUACAUGGUGAUGUGUAUAGUCUACAUCUUGUACGCUGUGCUCUGGUUUGUUUGGGCGGCCUGCUACUGGAAGGACCUGCUUCGUAUUCAGUUUUGGAUCGCUGGGGUCAUAUUCUUGGGGAUGGUUGAGAAAGCGGUCUUCUGUGCGGAAUAUGAAAACACAAAUGCUGUUGGCUCUGCUACAUCUGGCUUAUUGAUUUUUGCGGAACUGAUCUCUGCCCUAAAGAGGACCCUCGCUAGACUGCUUGUCAUCAUUGUUAGUCUUGGUUAUGGCAUUGUAAAGCCUCGAUUGGGGACAGUUAUGCACAGGGUUGUUGGUUUGGGGAUGCUCUACUUUGCUUUUGCAAGCAUUGAAGGUGUCCUAAGAAUCACUGGGGCGAAAGACUCAGAUCUGGCCCUGCUGGCCAACAUUCCCCUGGCUCUGCUUGACUCCUCUCUCUGCUGGUGGAUCUUUGUAAGUCUGGCACAAACCAUCAAGACUCUGAAGCUUAGGAGGAACCCGGUCAAGUUAUCCCUAUACAGACAUUUUACAAACACAUUAAUAUUUGCUGUUCUUGCUUCCAUCAUCUUCAUGGCAUGGAUUGCUAAGAAAUUCCGGCUUGCGGAAUGUCAGUCGGACUGGAUCGAGCUGUGGGUGGAAGACGCCUUCUGGAGGUUCUUGUUCUCAGUCAUCCUGCUCGUCAUUAUGUUUCUAUGGAGACCAUCUGCAAACAACCAAAGAUAUGCCUUCACACCUCUUAUUGAUGACUCUGAUGAUGAAGAGAUUGAGGAGUUUAUGACCAAUUCAAACAUGGCUGAUGGGAUCAAAUUAAGAGCAGCUAAAAAUGAGACCAAUGGGACUGCUAAACCUGCAGAGGCAAACCCAGAUGAAGACUUGAAAUGGGUGGAGGACAACAUUCCAAGCUCAAUUACUGAUGUAGCUCUACCGGUCUUGUUGGACUCAGACGAGGAAAUAAUGACGACCAAGUAUGAGAUGUCAAAACUGGAAUGAUGCUUGUCUAUCUGCUGAUUCAGAGUGUAGGCUCCUGUGUGGGUGCCACUUCAGCGGUCGGGGCAGCGUGAAACCGUUUUCGGGGACCCUUUGUUGUUUUAAUAACUCUUUAACAACACCAGUCUGUGCACUGACGGUGAAUCAGUGAUUUCCUGAAGUCAUCAGUUUCCAGCCUUUAUUUCCAAAGAGAAUGUGUUUUAUUAAGUGCUGUAUUUAUUUUUGUCAUAUUCUUUUGAAUUUAUUUUACCAGAGAUUAGCAGGAGCAGUAGGUGUCAAGCAUGAACUCAAACAUUGACAGAACAAUAUUUUCAAAGGCCCAUAAUAUAUUAUUUGAGAUACGGUAUCAAGACAUUUGUAUUUAAGAAUGGAGGGAAAGUUAGGCUGUUUACAGAGAAAAUAAACCUUAAGAGGAUUUAUUUAAUAUUCAGCCAUAUUGGAGACUAAAUAUAGCAUUGUGUAUUAAAAGUAGAAAUGUUAUGUUUUUGUUUUCUAAAAAAAGACCCAGCUAAAGGCUAUCCUCCCAGGUUUGAUCUUUGCUUAAUUUUUAGUGUACACUAGUGAUUUCACUAGAAUUAUUAUGUGGUCCUCACAUAUGUUUUCAUGUCUGUUUAAAAUCUCUGCCCAGCUAAGGGAUCAAAGGACUCAAACGUAGAUAUUUCUAAGCUAUGCUUGUCCAUCUAAUUAUUCUCCAAGUCAGGAAAACAUAACAUUUCUUACACUGUUUCAUGUUAGCUCUUAUGCACUUUGAAAAUCAAAGCUGUGCCUAUGUGUAGUUCUGGUUUGGGGUCUGGAGUUUUUGGAAGAUAUUGAAAAGUGAUGUUUCUCUUAUUACUGGUGGCUGUCUGCAAGCCUGUCCUCAGUAUUGGGAUUGAUGCACAGAUUAUUUUACUACAAAUGUUAAUGGGUUCAGUAAUGUAGACUCUAGCUUUGUGAUCUGUACAGUCUUGUUCAAGUUUGAAUCUGUUGCGUGUAUGUGGGAAGCUGUUCUAUUUUCCAAAAUAAGAGCAAUAUACUAUUGUGUAUGUUGACAUUAUUAUUUAUUUGUCUAAGUGUACUUAUAAGUUGUUCAUAUGUGGCUUUUUCAUGUUUACUCUAUUUACGAGGUGUGCUUCCAUUCUAUCAGAAGUCUGUUAAAGGCAACAGGAUUUUGUUGCCUUUGUUGAUAAAAUCCUUUAUUUUACCUACUAUGUUCUUGUUAAAUUUUUUCUCUGUUGAUGUAAACCAUUCGGCUCUGGUGUGAUCGGCACAGGCACAAGCAGAUCACUUGAAUGGGGUUUUUAAUGUUUUCUUUUAUAAUGGUUGGAAAGCUGGAAUAAUUGUGCUUUUCAUGGCACUGUUUGCGUUAUAUAAAACUGCAGGUACCUGCAGUGGACCUGGUUAUUUGUACAGAUGGUUUUGGCUGAUUCCUGUUAUUUCAUAAUUCCACAGGUGCAAAGGCAUCAGGAGGAAGUGUGCUCUUCAUACCAGCAGUUUUCCUCUUCCUUUUCAGGAAGUGUGUACACUGAUUAAAUAUCAAUAAUUUAUAACAAAUAUUUUGUUUUUCUGUCACUUCACCAUUACAGUGAAAAUCAUAAUAUAGUUAUUGUUUAAUGGCAGAUCAUAGUCAUAUGUAAGGACUUUAUCUUAGAUUUAUCUCUGCAGGAUCAUGUAUUGAUAGUCCUUUACACAAGUCUAACACAUUUUUCUUUUGGAUCUGCUCCAAACAUUCAGGAAGAAAAAUCUACAUUGGCCCUGCUGUUUCCUGUCUAAUAAAAGUUCUAUUCAUUUUGAGCAACACCUGAA